UACCGCAGAUACAUCCUACAGGGUCCGUUAGGAGCAGUUUCCGUCAUUCGGUUGGGGUUUAAAACCGUUGUUCUCUGCCAAACCGUUUACACUCAGAGCCCGGUACCCGUCAGUUUGUACGGUUCUGCCCGUGUCCAGCAGCAUUAGUUCGGUGUUACUGGGGUUUUGAGGUGAAAUUAGAGGAAUAAUGUCGUCGGGAAGCCCUGAAUACUCGUCGUUCUUCGCAGUGAUGGGCGCAUCAGCAGCGAUGGUCUUCAGCGCGUUGGGCGCGGCGUAUGGCACAGCGAAGAGCGGCACGGGUAUCGCUGCCAUGUCCGUGAUGCGUCCGGAGCUGAUCAUGAAGUCCAUCAUUCCUGUGGUCAUGGCGGGAAUCAUCGCUAUAUACGGGCUGGUGGUGGCCGUCCUCAUCGCCAACAGCAUCUCAGACAAGAUCACUCUGUACAAGUGAGUUGAACAUAUCAGUGCAGGUCUGAGCGUGGGUCUGAGUGGGCUGGCGGCUGGUUUUGCCAUCGGCAUCGUGGGAGACGCAGGCGUCCGUGGCACCGCUCAGCAGCCGCGCCUCUUCGUCGGUAUGAUCCUCAUUCUGAUCUUCGCUGAAGUUCUGGGUCUCUACGGCCUCAUCGUAGCCCUGAUUCUCUCAACCAAAUAAACUGGCAGUCAGCAUGCUGCGCUGCCAGACCGCAAGACGGGCACAUGGAACAAAAAGGAAAAAAAUAAUAGGUACCUUAAAAUUAGAUUAAUUGAGAGGUGGGGAAAUAAUCCUACACAUUAUAACAGGCUCUGCGUUUGGUUUUAUCUCUGAAAGUGUACAGUCGUCUCAGUUUGAUA